AAUUUAUUCAUCUUCAUUUUAGUGCGCAUAACAACAUUAAAAUUUAAAACAUCGCAGCAGGUCAAUUGGUAACUGUUUGUGCGUUCGAAUCUUCGCACACACAGUGAUUGAAAAGAAAGGAAGAAAUUUCCUACUUUGGUUGCGCACACUUCUCCUGACUCGUCCACUUCACUCCACUCCACUCUUCACAGUUCACACUCCCAGUAUCACCUUCACUUUCUCUCUCCACUUUCCCAAAUGCCAAUCAACAGAGAUCCCUCUACGCCCCCGCCCAUGAUCGGCAAGAUCGGGCCCUACACCGUCUUCGUCACCCCACCGGCCACCCCCAAGACCCCUGAACCCCUUUACCACUCCCCACAAAAGCCGCAGCAGCAUCCCCUUUUCGAGUCCCCUAAAAAGGUACAGCCUCCUCCUCCCGUACAGCCCCCGCCGCAGCAGUUUGAUAAGUCUAUCGUUGCUUCUGAUGGGUCCGUUUUGGGUUUCUUUAAGAGUGCUGUCUGCAAGGUGCAGAAUGCUCAUUCAAGCUUGGAUGACCAUCUGGCGCGCUGGUUUGGUUUAAAUCAGUCCAAAUAUCAGUGGGCACUUGAUGAUUAUUACGAGAGUAAGGGACUGGAAAAGCAAGGUGGAAAGGCAAAAGCUAUAUCAAGCAAAAUACAGAGUGUGUAGCAUACUUUUGAACUGGUGACAAGAAUUUAGAUCAAGUGAUGAUGCAUGUUGUGUCUCCUUUUUGUAUUAUGUCUAUGUGCCUAAUGUAUGCAAUUGAAAAAAAUGCAUUUGGCUGCUUGAAGGGAGCUUUGUUGACAUAUGGGGAUCUCUUUAUUUGCAGUACUGCUGCAGCUAACUUAGCUUGGUUGUGUACUAGGCUAGGAGUUGUGUAAUCUCAUGACGAGUUAAUUUCUCGUCCCUAGAUUUUUUAUGAUGUUACUGUAUUCAGCUGCUGUAUAAUAGUGUACUAUUACAUUUCUUAUAUUUUAUUUCAAUGAAGGCAAUAUUUUGCCAAAGAAAACCAUGAUUCAGGCAUAUUCUUUUCUUAUCUAUGUGCACACCCCUGCUCAUCUUUGUGUGGAUAGAUGAGGCACAUUUGAAGCAAUAGUUCAUUUUAUUAUUCGUCAAUGUGUGUACUUUGCUGUUUAAGAUGAGGUUAUGUAUUUUCUGGUUGGAGGACCACCCUUUCAUGGAUUGUAUGUUUAUCUUCCUCUGCUGUGUUUGUCAGGUUUAUGAAGAUGAAAGAAAGAGCUAUCAUUGUGUCCCUGUGGUUAUUCACGUUGAUUCACAAACAUAAUCGGAGAAAAAAGGCAGGAGAUGUCUCAAAGUGUGUCAACCUUCUAAUUCUAUGACACCAGCAAUUGGCAUGGUCCUGGUUGAUAUUGAGAAUGAGAAGCCCAUCAGAUAUUUUUCCCAGGAACUGAAGGCAGCUACAAACAAUUUCG